UUUAAAUAUCGGGCCGCCGCGGGGUGGGCUCGGACUGGCAGCGGGGCGUGUGGUUCAGAGCCGAGACCCUGCGCGUAAUGAGCCGCAGAGUUUGAGGGUCAGCGGAGAGGCUGUGUGUCUGCGAGCAGCCAGUCUGUGGGAACCGCUUUACUGUACGGAGAAACCCUCCCCAGCACAGCACCCGGUGUCGGCAGCAAAACUCAUACAUCAUGCCCAACUUCGCCGGUACUUGGAAGAUGAAGAGCAGCGAGAAUUUCGACGAACUGUUGAAAGUGCUAGGAGUCAAUGCGAUGCUGAGGAAAGUGGCGGUGGCGGCUGCUUCCAAACCCCUGGUGGAGAUCCGGCAAGACGGCGACCAUUUCUACAUCAAGACGUCAACCACAGUGAGGACCACCGAGAUCAACUUCACCAUCGGCGAGGAGUUCGAGGAGGAGACGGUGGACGGGAGGAAGUGCAAGAGCCUGCCGAAGUGGGAAAGUGAGAACAAAAUCUACUGCAAGCAAACUCUUCUUAACGGAUGUGGGCCAAAGACACACUGGACUCGGGAGCUGGUGGACAACGAGCUGAUCCUGACGCUGGUGGCCAAUGAGGUCGUGUGUACAAGGAUCUACAUUAAAGAGUAAUGGCAUCUACCUUCCCUUAAUACGGGGGAAGCCUGCCAUCUGCAGAAUCAUCUCCUUAUCACCUUGUGCACGGUCUGUUAAGUUAUUGACGCCAAUCAGUGACAUUCCAAGAUCUUGUUUUAUGUGUCAUAGUGUUUUAUUUCAAUGUUGUGAAAUCACUUUGAUGUCUGUAAUAGUGAAUGUAAGACUCAGCUGGUUUACUUAGUGCUCUUGGUCUUUUAGACUUUUGUAUUUCAGGUGUAGAUCUGCCAAAGCAGCUACCUGUGCUGGGAAUGUAUCACUGGGUAAAGCUGCUGGCUGUUUCUGUAGUUCAUUUGAGAGGAAUUAGAUUGGCUUAUUCAUAAAACUUGAAUGCAAUUAAGAGGAAAUGAAGUGAAGUGGACAAUAAAAUCAAAA